AUGCCCAUCUUCCUGUACUCCGCCAUGGUAUCGGCCCUCUACAUGGUGCCUCAGCUGCUCCACUAUAGUCGCUUCGGCGGUGGCGUCCUCGGCCGUCUGCUUGUGCUUGGUGUGUGGAAGGAGGCCAGCUACGCCACCGUCCCGGUCGGUGGCCUCGCCUAUUACAUCACCCCGCCAUCCAGUGUGGCCGCCGACCCGCUCCACGCGCUCAUCUACACCGUGCUGCUGCUCGCCUCGUGCGCGCUGCUCUCUCAGUUUUGGGUAAUCACUUCGGGGUCAUCGGCGAGGGACGUCGCGAGGCAGCUCGUGGACCAGCACCUGGCCAUGCCUGGAAGGCAUGAUGGUGCUACCUACGCGCAGCUCAAACAUCACAUCCCUACGACGGCCGCUGUCGGAGGCCUUUGUGUCGGAGCUCUCUCCAUUUUUGCCGACAUGACCAGAGCCAUCGGCAGUGGCACUAGAAUUAUGCUCGCUGCCACUGUCGCCUACAAUCUCAUUAACUCCUUUAAGAAGAAGGAUUAA